AUUAAUAUAUAUAUAUAGAGAGAGAGAGAGAUACAGAGAGAGGGUGCACAAUAUUUAAAUAAUAAUAAUAAUCUUUGCUGCCAGUCUGUGUGGACAUGACGCGCACGCGCUGAGCUGAAAGAGUUUUGAUUUGUGCAGGACGAGCAUCUGGGCAGCUGCAGAAAACUCAAUCCUUUCUGAAAGAUCAUUAAGAUGAACAUCUUCCGACUGUCUGGAGAUGUCUGUCAUCUGAUCGCCAUCAUUAUCCUCUUCCUGAAGAUAUGGAGAUCCAAAUCAUGCGCAGGGAUUUCCGGGAAGUCUCAGGUGUUGUUUGCGCUGGUCUUCACCACCAGAUAUCUGGACCUCUUCACAUCCUACAUCUCUGCAUACAACACCAUCAUGAAGGUGGUGUAUCUGCUGCUGGCGUACUCCACGGUGGGUCUGAUCUUCUUCCGCUUCAGGAACUCGUAUGACUCUGAGAGCGACUCUUUCCGUGUGGAGUUCCUGCUGGUGCCGGUGGCCGGACUCUCCUUCCUGGAGAACUACGCCUUCACCCCGCUGGAGAUUCUGUGGACGUUCUCCAUCUACCUGGAGUCGGUGGCCAUCCUGCCGCAGCUCUUCAUGAUCACUAAGACGGGUGAGGCGGAGUCCAUCACGGCACACUACCUGCUGUUCCUGGGCCUGUACCGCGCGCUCUACCUGGCCAACUGGCUCUGGAGGUUCCACACCGAGGGCUUCUACGACCAGAUCGCCGUGGUGUCCGGAGUCGUGCAGACCAUCUUCUACUGCGACUUCUUCUACCUAUACUUCACCAGAGUGUUGAGAGGAAGUGGAAAGAUGUCUCUGCCAAUGCCGGUGUGAGUUUCCAGAUCAGACUCCGCCCCCUUCCCCAGGCCAUGCCCAGCAGUGACAUCAUCAUCAUCACAGGCCGCCGCUGUACUUCUGCAGUGUGCGUCUGUGUGUAAACGUGCCUUACAGAGUGUGUGUGUGUGUGUUUACAGAACACCCCAUAUUCUUAGGUUAAUAUCUUUGCUUUUCUCCUUCCUCCUCGUCGUCUCAUUGUGUGUUUGUCAUUACUGCAGUAAAUCAUUUUGUUGUUCAAGAUAUAAAAUGUUUUGGAGUUUAAUGGAGGAAGUUUGAUGUGGACGUGCCAAUAUUCCCGUCAGGAUCCUGAAUGUUUGUAGAAACCGUGUGUGUCAGUCUGAGGAAGACAUUUAUAAUGAAUGUCUGGCAAUGUCAUCAUCAUCAUCAUCACUAUUAUUAUUAUUACUAUUAUUAUUAUUAUUAUUAUUGGAUGAGCUUGUAUGCAGAGGAGCAGUUCAGCUGUCCUAGUUUUUAUAAAGUGUCUUUUAUAAAGCAUGAAAAUAAAGAGUUUCUCUCUC